AUGUCCAAAAAUUUAAAAAGAUCAGACAGCACCUCAAGCAUUAGCAAACAUCAAAGAAUUAAACCAAAGUUUUCAAACCAGCAGAAAUAUGAUGUUGAAAAAACUUUUAUCGGAAAAGAUGAUGUCAUCCCAUUAAACGAUAGUCGUUUAAUAAGAAAACUGCAGAAUGAAAACAAAAGCAUUCAGCCAAAAGUUUUUGACCAAGAAGGCCACGAUGUGACCCCUAAGCCCUUGACCUUAACCAUCAAAAAAAAAUUGAAUGGAUUACAGGAAACUAAUGAAAUUGCAGUUGCCGAGAAUGUUGAAGACAUAAAGCAUGUAUCUAAUAUGGAAAAAAGUUUGGACAGAUCUUUUGUAUCGGUCACAUCUACUACAUCUUCGAAUGAUUUACAAAAAUCGUAUUUUAACAACGCAAAGCGAACCUCGCACCCAUUUUCAAGAACAAUAUUUGGAAGUAUUGUGGUAGCAGCCGGCCAAAGGGAUCAAACUCUGGAAUCUUUUGAAACUUUUCAUAAUUUUCAAACUUCAAAAAAAGAUGAAAAGUUCAAAGGAAACUUGAUGUGGAAAAAAGGAAACAUUGAUGAUGAAAUUGAAGUACACCUUUCAGAAAGUGACAAUGUGUCUUUGCUCGAGUUGCCAUCUAUCACGGUUCCACCAUACGAUAGCGAAGAAAUGGAGAGAGUGACGCAACAGAAUGAAAGAUACGCUGAGCUAUCAUUAUCACGAGACAACAGUGACAAAUACGUGAGUCGAAGCAUGAACACAUUCAACAAUGGGUUGAAAGCAAAGUUCACGCAAACGGCCCUUCAACAUUCUUCUAACAAAGAGACUUAUGUUUCAAAAUGGGAUCUGUACGACACCUACGAAACAAAUGGCAGUACAAUUGAGGAUAGUUUUAAUGUUGAUAAAAAUGGCGAAAUAAAAUUUUUGAACGAAAAAGAUGAUACAAGUAUACAUUUUCUUCAAAAUGAUGCUCCACUGGAUUUCAAUGAAAUUCUUAACAAAGCUGCAUUCAAAUAUUCCCUCCUCGUGCUUGAAAGGGCCAUGCAGAUGAACACCAGCCAGAACAAACAAGCCGCGUACCUGAUGCUUCCAGGAAGUCAUUUCACGGACGAAGGUGCGUUCAUUGGGGUUUUCUGA